UCGGGCUGCCGCGCCUGAUCCUCUGCCGGUGUGCCAGGCCAGCCCGUGAUGUCUGCGGCCCGGCAGGAUCCGGGAUCGACCCGUGGACACAUCCCUGGAAGCGUUCAAGGCUAGGCUGGAGGGGGCUUGGAGGAACCUGGUCUAGUGGAAGGUGUCCCUGCCUGUGGGAGUGAAACUGGAUGAGCUUUAAGGUCCUUUCCCAUCCAAACCGCUCCACGAUUCCAUGACCCCCGCAGGCACCAUGUGGCACAGGAGGGCCAUGUCUCGCUGUUGUCAGUGAGCUGCUCAAGGCUCUGCUGGAGCAGCAGCACUUGCCCUGGCGGCGCUGGUGUACAUGGACCUCAGAGUUUGGAGUGACACAGGGUUCUGCUGCCCAGGGUGGAGGUUACUGGUGCUUGCAUGGCACCAGGCAGCCUCCCUGAUUAGCUGUCACUUGUGCAAGAGUAUGCUGUGCAAAUAAGGUCUCCUGAUUUCCCUGUGGGUUUAGAUUAUUCCAAUUAUGAGUUGGACCCUUCUGCAAGUGUGCCAGUAUUGCUCAGGGAGCAAAUCCCAGGGAAGAGGUGAAAAUAACCUCUUAGUAUUAGCUUAGUGUGAACAGUAUAUACCUUGGCAAUUCCCAUCUCUUUCUUAACCAAGCAUCUCUGUGGUGCAGUUGCUUCCCAGUCACCGGAGCUUGGAUCACAAGUGCUGACUAAGCUGCCCCUGCCCUGGCAGCCUGCUACUGCAGAUGAGAUUCCAAGGGGUUUGGCUUUGCUUACACUGGUCCAAUCUGGGGAUUUUGAUUUGAGGUGGCAGUGGAUGCUACUGCUCUUCAGGUGUACCAGCAGUUUGGGUGGCUUAAGUGAAUGCACUACAGAGAACGUUUUGUAAUGAAACAGAUGAGAUCCAGGAAUGCAAGGUUUUUGCAAAGAGCAAUGAGGACUGCAGCAUCCUCAGCCCUUUGAACAUAUGCAGGAACUGUCUGUCUGCUGACAGAGCCUGGACUUCCAGAGCUAGAUGACUAAAGCUUCAAGGGUGAACUGCCCACUUCUUCUUCUCCUCUUAUGAGAGUGUCACAGAGCCAGGAGAGUGUCCUGCUGGGGGCAGGGAGCAACACUGCUGCUGGAAGCCAUGGGUCGGUUGGCUCUGACAGGACUAGUUGUGUGGCUGCUGGCACACGGCUUCUAAAGGCUUCUGUCUUUGCAGAGCUUCCUGAGAGCUGGGCUGAUAUGCAGGAGCCACUGCUUGAGGGGAUGUGCUUUACCCUCAAGUAUCUGGGCAUGACGCUGGUAGAAAAACCUAAAGGAGAAGACAUGGCUGCUGCUGCCAUCCGCAGGAUCGUGGCCACGGCACAGGUUGGAGCUCGCAAGUUUCAGAAGGUGAUUCUGACAGUGUCUCCAAGGGGCAUCUCACUGCAGGAUGCAGACACUAAGGAGAUGGUGGAGAACAUCUCUAUCUACAGGAUCUCCUACUGCACAACAGACAAGCUUCAGAACAAAGUCUUCGCUUAUGUUGCCCAGAGCCAGGAGAGCGGGGCACUGGAGUGCCAUGCCUUCCUCUCACCCAAGAAGAAGAUUGCCCAGGCUGUGACUCUGACUGUCGCCCAGGCCUUUCAGAUGGCACUGGAUCUCUGGGAAGCAACACAUGCAGGCUCUAGGCAGGAUCAGCCCCUUCACCCUUCAUGUGUCUUGGAGAGCAGUGAGCCUGGCAGACCCCGUGAGCCAGCCCCCCCAGGGAACGCUCCCUUCAGACACCAGUUUGUGGAGGAGGAGGAGGAGGAGGAGGAAGAUGAUAAUGUCAGUGAAACCUUAUCUGGCAGCGUGGAGGAGCUGGGGAGGGGAGCCCACUGCUCGGCAGAAUUAAUACCUCGUGUGCCCCCAUUGAGCUCUCCUACAGCACAGCUACUGUGCUACCGCCUGGGCCCAUCCCCGGACAGCUGGACCAUGCUGGGACAGGUUGGAGACUCCCCUAGCACUGGCCCCAGGACUGCUGGCCCCAAAACUCCCCUGGGCUAAGCCAAAUCUCUUCAACAACGGACCAGCCACUCAGGAUUCACCCUGUGCCUGCACCUGGGCCAGCCAGUGCCUGCUGCCGCCCUCCUGGCACGGGGGCUGCUGGCACUGCUGCCAUGGAGUGCACAGGCUGCAACAGCUGCUCCUUGUCCUGUGCCACCUGCAUGAACCGCCUCGAGGUGCAGCUGCUCCCAGCUUGGGCUGUGGGACCCAUGCUCCUCGCUCUGCUCCCUCCCAGGCCAAGCAUGACCACCCUGCAUGCUCUGAGCCUGCCUGAUGCAGGCAGUGUACACUCUCAGGGAGCAACAGCUCUUGGCCUGGAGCAGUGUGUGAUGAAGGCCUUGCCCCUGCAGUUCAACCCCAUACCCUCUCACAAGUGAAAUGACCCUGGUUUUUAAGGGAAAGCUCU